AUGGUGUUUGGAAAUAGCCUGUUUUAUCCCAUUUUGGGUUUUGCAUCGUUUGUGGUUUUCAUUUACAUGUCGUUUGGGGGCAUAAGGUUCAGUUUUUUAGAGGAAGGGCCAGAGUUGAGCUUUGUUGCGAGAAACGGGACGCAGUUUGUGUUGGAUGGAAAAGCGUUUUACGUAAACGGGUGGAACUCUUACUGGUUAAUGGUUCAGUCGGUGGAUAUUUAUUCAAGAUCCAAGGUUCGAGAAAUGAUGAAAACCGGUGCUAAGAUGGGUCUCACUGUGUGUCGAACUUGGGCGUUCAAUGAUGGAGACUACAAUGCCCUUCAAACUUCCCCUGGUCGUUUUGACGAACAAGCUUUCAAGGCCUUGGAUUAUGUCAUAGCAGAAGCAAGGCAACAUGGAAUUAGGCUCCUCCUUAGCCUAGUGAAUAAUUUGCAAGCAUAUGGUGGGAAGAGUCAGUAUGUUAAAUGGGCAUGGCAAGAAGGGGUAGGCUUAAGCUCCUCCAACGAUUCUUUCUUCUUUGAUCCAUCUAUCCGUACAUAUUUCAAGAAUUACAUCAAGACUAUCUUGACAAGGAAGAAUAGUAUCACAGGAAUUGAAUAUAGAAAUGACCCCACCAUUUUUGGUUGGGAAUUGAUUAAUGAACCUCGUUGCAUGUCUGAUCCUUCUGGUGACACUCUACAAGGAUGGAUCGACGAAAUGUCAAGUUUUGUCAAAUUGAUAGACAGGAACCAUUUGUUGACUGUGGGUCUGGAAGGCUUUUAUGGUCCAAAUGAUCCAAAAAGUUCAACGGUCAACCCAGAGCUUUGGGCCUCCAGACUUGGGUCUGAUUUUAUUCGGAACUCCAAAAUAUCAAAUGUUGAUUUUGCCUCUGUUCAUAUCUAUCCUGAUCAUUGGUUUCAUGAGCAAGUAUUCGAAGAUCAACUGAAAUUUGUUUCCAAGUGGAUGCUUUCCCACAUUGAAGACGGUGACAAAGUUUUGAAGAAGCCCGUUUUGUUCUCUGAAUUUGGAUUAUCAGCAACAAAUCAGAACUUUUCAAUAUCAGAUAGAGAAAAAAUGCACAGAACUGUUCUAGACAUAAUUUAUAAAUCGGCCAAGGGAAACAGAUCUGGAGCUGGUGCUUUAGUAUGGCAGUUCCUAGUCAGUGGAAUGAAAGAAUUUUCUGAUGAAUAUGGGAUGGUGCCAUUGGAAAGUUCAUCUACUCCAAUUGUAUUUAUUGAACAGUCUUGCAGAUUGGCCAAUGCAAAGGGAUGGACUCAACUGGAUGUAAGUUUCAAAGAAUAUUGUUAA